AUGACUUCAUUGUAUUCAACCACUCAAGCAAACGCUCUCACCAUCCGUGAGAAAGCACUCUAUUAUGCUCUUAUUCCAGUAUUUGGGUCGGCAAUCAAGAGUUACUGCACCAGGCACAGAAUCCCGCUUAAAACAAUACUCGUGAACCAUACUACCCCCGCUAAGAGCAAAGUAGACUUAAGUGUAUAUGCGCCACCGCCAACCUUGCACUUUGCCACGCCCCCCUCAGCCACCGCAGAUGGGCCAGUGUUGCUGUAUUUCCAUGGCGGUGGCUAUGUCAACCCUCUCAGGGCCAUUGCUCAUAUACCGUUUGUCCUUCGGUGUGUCUUCCUCGAGUAUGCUCUAGCCCCGGAGCAUCGAUACCCAGUUCAACUUGUUCAAGCAGUGUCUGCGCUUCGGUACCUUCUAAUGGACUUGCCAUUGCGAGCUGAAGACAUCAUACUUGCUGGAGACAGCGCGGGCGGCCACCUAGUGGGCUCGUUGUUGGCGCACAUGGCCAAAACAUCGCCGUACGCUGCACCACUAGAUAUCAACGGUGGCAGGUUUAGAGCAGUGCUGUUUGUGAGCCCUUGGACUACGAUGAAGGUGGAUCAAGGGAGCUAUGAGACGAAUGCUGAGAAAGACUAUAUCAAUCGGACCGGAGUGUCCUGGCUUAAGGGAUUGUGGAUUCCUACCGAGGAAGAUGUAUGGGCAGAUCUAUGCGAAGGGGAAGGCGCUGAAGAUGUCUGGAGUCAAGUGUUUCCGUCACCGAAGGGAUCGCCAGGUCUGGUCAAGAAUGCGAUGGUGACAGCAGGCACGGCAGAAGUUCUUCUGGACAGUUGCAGGAGGUUCGCUAGGGAUUGCGUAAGGGCACAGACUGUUGCCGGCCGGCGUGAAACUGAUUGGAGUGUUCUUGACGGGAAGGACUUCAUUUUUGUAGAGUGCGAGGGGGAAAUCCAUGUCCAGCCCGCCCUAGAUGCCGCGUUAAGGUAUCAUGAUGGAGUCACGAUGCGAGCAAUCCUAAGAUGGCUGGAAAACGUAUAG